AUGGCUGCCAUUCAACUCGAUGAUCGUGAUCGGACUAUCACCAUGGGACGAGGUCUAUAUAGAUCUUCAUCUCCUGGAACAAUAAGACUAGAGACAAGAGUGAAAGAUCUUGAAGAUCAAUUGGAUGAAGAACGUUCUCUACGAAUAAAGACGGAAAGGGAGCUUGCUGAAAUUAAUGCUGAGUUCGACAUAUUAAAUGCAGAUUUUCAAAAUGCUAGAGAACAAAUAAGUCAACAAGAGGAAACUAUCAAAAGACGGGAACAAGAGUUUGCUCGUGUUCAUAGAGAGCUGGGUACAAUUCGUGAUGCAAAUGAAGAAAGUUUGGAAAAUUUAAGACGUCGUCAUCAAACCACAGUCAAUGAUCUUAAUCUUGAAAUAAAUGUUCUUCAAAAGGCGAAAUCCAAAGCUGAAAAAGAAAGAUCUGAAAUGGCUAGACAAUUGGAAAAUGCUUUUAUUGAAGUUGAAGAUGCUAAUAAAGCGAAAACUGUUGCUCAAUCAAAACAAGAAACACUUGAAUCUCAAACUAUAAGAUUGAGAGCAAACUAUGAAGAGAGCCAAAAACGUAUUACAGAACUUAAUUCACAAAAUGCUCAACUCAUUGCUGAAGCAACUGAACAGGCUAGAACUAUAGAAAAGUUAAAUACGUCUUUGGCAAGUUGUCAGAGAGCACAAUCGAUUGCUGAAUCAGUAGGAGAAGAUCAUAAGAGAGCUUUAGAAGAAGAAAUAAAGACUAGAACCUUAGUACAAAAUAAAUUAAAUACAGUACAACAAGAAUUAGAUACAUUAAUUCAUAGAGCAGAUGAUGAAGCUGAAAGUGUAGUGAAACUUCAAACUCAAGUUACUAGACUUACAAGUGAAUUAACACAAACUAAAACAAAAUAUGAAAAAGAAUUUAAUGAGAAAACUGAAGAAUUUGAUGAACUCAAACGUCGUUUGAACAAUCGUAUCAAUGAAUUAACAGAAUCCUAUGAACUUGAACGUGGUCGAGUUAUUAGUCUUGAACGUACCAAGAAUCAAUUAGCUAAUCAAUGUCAAGAAAUACAAUCUCAAUUAGAUAACUUAUUUGCUGAAUGCACUGAACAUGUUCAAACUAUCAAAAGCCUGGAAAGUCAAAAGACAGAACUGGAAUCGGUUUUAGAAGAAACUCAAACUGAAGAAAGUAAUUUACGAACAAAAUGCGGUUUAUUACAAAGGGAUCUUAUUCAAAUCAGAGCUGUUAAAUCUGAACUAGAGGAACGUUUGUCGGUGUUGGAGAAAGAGAACAAACAAAAUACCGAAAAACUAAAAGAAACUAAAGAACGUUUAUCAGUUUUAAUCGGCAAAGAUAAUCUAGACUCUACAUUGAAAGAUACAGAAGAUGCUUUACAUGAAUGUGAAACUCGUUACCAAACAACAUAUUCAGCUUUAAGUACUUUAAGAAAUGAAUUUGAACGUCAAUCAAGAGAUAAAGAAGAAGAAAUGGAAAGUUUAAGACGUUCAAGUCAACAAACUAUUAAAUUACAUCAAGAAGCAGAAGCACAUAUUUGUCAAUUAGAAAUAGAUAUAACAGAACUAAAUAAUUUGGUUUCUGAAACUGCAACCACUUUACAGAUAUGCGAAAGUCGUCGAUCUGCUUUAUCAAAUGAAGUAGAAAGCUUAAGGAGUCAAUUAGAAAUCACAGAAAGAUUAAAACGAAAGCUGGAAGAAGAGUCAUCGGAAAACAUGACAAAAUUCGGUGGUUUGACAAUACAAGUAAAUAAUUUGACAGCAGAAAAACGAAAACUUGAGGGUCAGAUAGCUGUGCUUGAAGGUGAUUUGGACGACGCUACAGGUGCAAAAGAUGUUGCCACAGAGAGAGCAGACAGACUUCAAAAUGAAGUUAACCGUCUGGCUCAAGAACUUCAAACUGAACAGGAGUCGUCACGUCGAGCAGAUACUGCAAGAAGGCAAUUGGAAGCUGAACUAAAAGACUGCAAUGCUAAGAUUUUGGAAAGCCGAAGAGCAGCUGAUACAGCAGAACGUGAAGCUGAUGAUGCCAAAAGUCAAGCCGAGAUUAAAAUACGAGAGUUGCAGCUAGCUUUGGAAGAAGAAUCUAGAAAGUCAAGAGAGGUCCAAACUCAACUAAGAAAAUGUGAGAGAGCACUCAAAGAAUCGGUACAAGCUGAACAAGAUGCUGGGCAUAUGGUAAACGAACUACGUGAGAUGGUUGAACGAGCUCAAACAAAACUGAAACAAACCAGGAAACAGUUAGAAGAAGCAGAAAAUGCUGCUCAAACUGCUUCAAUGAAAUAUCGUAAAGCUCAACAACAAGUGGAUGAUGCAGAUUUACGUGCUCAAAUGGCUGAAAGACGUAUAGGUUUAACUGCUCAAGAAGAUAAUGUAACAACUUAUGGAAAUUACAAUAGACAACGAUCUGGUAGUCUUUAUCCAACUAGAACAAGAAAUUAUUCAGUAACACGUGAAGGAUCCGUAUUUAGUGUUAUGAGUGAAUUACCAGCCUCUCCACAUAAAACUCGUUUUCAAACACCUAUUCCAAAAUGGAGUAAUCGACAUGAAUUAGGAAAUUAUCAAAAAGAAAAUGGUAGUUCAUUAAGUCUUCUUGAUCUACCACCGGCUGAUACAAGUUGUAAUUGA